CACUCGGGAAUGCUGUGGCAAGGCGACCCAUGAGCAAGAUUACUUUGGCCCAAAAGUGGGAAGGGCCAUGAAGUGGCUAGGCUCUACCCACCGUGGUCAGUCUUUGUGAAUCAUCCUCUUCCCUCGGUACCCUCUUGUUUUUUGCCCCUGACCUUUUGCGGGUGUGGUAGGGAUCCGGGAGUCUCAUAGGCAGGUGACCAUCGCUGCUGCAAGGGAUGACCCAUGCAAGAUCUUCUGCUAGUAACAUGCUCCAUUCACUCACAGUGCCCAAGCCCCACGGCAAGGGCAGAAUAAGUGGCCUUCGGGGUGGGGGUGGGGGGCCGCGAGGUCACCCUCUCUCUGACAUCAAGAUGUUAGGAUGUAUGAAAGAUAGGGCUACUCUAGGAGCUGGUGUGUAGUCCCUUUCCUUGCAAAGGGGAACUCCCUUAGAGCCUGGGUGUCACCAGAAGAGAGAAUAGCAUGGGUCAGACAGGAGGCUGGAGAAGAAGGCUGCCUGGCCUGCUGGACUUCUAAACUGGUUCUGGCCAUAAGGAUUGCAGGGAUGAAGGUGAGCUCUGUGUUGCAGCCUGGCCCCUCCAUGAUCUGUGGAAAAAGCUUGGGCGACCUGAGUCCAGCUCUAGCUGGUUAGUGACAAAGGAGGAUGAGGCAGUGGAGUAUGCAUUUCAACUUCCUUCUCUUCAAGGAAGAGAACAAGCAUUUUGCUUCCUUAAGCAUCUGCCCCUUCUACUCUUGGAUUUCCCAGUUUACCCCAACCUUUCCAGCUCCUUAAAAGCCCAUCAUUUUUAGCGGUUCUUAGAGAUACACUGGACCAAAUGAAACUUAUUUAAAAGUGUCCAUUGGGUUUGAGGCUCAUUCACUUCCAGAAACAAUCAUGUUUCUGAAAGUGGCUCAGAUACAGGCAGAAGAUACAGUUGCAGAGUAAAUUAACUCUUGCAGAAAGGGAACCAUGGAAUGAAAACCAGGCACCUCAGGGUCCUUGGUAUGGCUCACCACAGCUAGAUAACCACCAGAUUUCUUUUAUUGUGUAAUUGGUAAGAAUUUCAAGACCCCCAAAUCCCUCUCCUCUCCUCUUUCUUCCACUCCCCUCUCCUCUCUUCCCCUCUCCCCCUCUCCUCUCUUUCUCUUUCAUUUCUAGCAAAACAAUCCUGGUCUUCAAAGAGUCUAUAGAGCAUUAUCUAUGUCUUGAAGAUUUUACUGUAUUUGAAAACUAAAACUAGUGAUAUUUAUUAUAGCAGUAAAAUUGAGCAUAUUCCUGUAAAAUGUCCCACUAAGUUUAGGUAUGCAAUUCUCUAAUUCAUAUUAAGCAGUAUUGGGCUCUGAAGAAUACACUGUUACUCGGAAUCCCUCAGUUCUGUUUCUAAUUUUAGUUUCUUGAAGUUAACCAAGUCAGCAGGUCACCUUGUCAAGGAAGGUACUGAUCUGUAAAAUAAUCCUGGUUUGUUAGGUUUUGUACAGCUUUUACGUUAGCUUUUACGUCAGUGAAAUAUCAACCAAAUUAGUAAAUGUUUGUUAAAUCAAAGGCUGAGUGAAUAAAUCAUAUCUCCCUAGGAACAAUAUUUAGAAAUACAUAGAAAAGUUUCCCUUUCUUAUGAAAGGAGCCUAAUUUUGCUCAUAAGGAAUCACUCUGCCUGAAUGUAAUGAUCCACCUGCAACAGAAUGGGAGGCUAUCCACAACUGCAUUCCCCACUCCCAGGACUGCUAUGCUAGCCCCAUGGUUGCCCUAUGGCCCAGGGAAGGAAAAUUAAGGUCCCAGAGUGAAUAAAUCUUGCUAAAGGCCAAAGAGCAUGAAGAGAGAUCUUGAAGCAUAGUCAAAGGCUUUUCCUGAAAGGAAGAAGAGGGAAGACAGAAAGCCACACAGAAUGAGGCAGGAGAUCACAGUGCCACAGGUGGCCUUAUUGCUGAAGUUUAUAAACUACCCCAAUCAUUCUCAGGGAGGAACUUGUAUAAGCUACACUCUUAAGACUUUCACUUAAUAGGGAGACAAAAGGAGUAAAACAGGUGGGUUUCCAUCCUCAGAUCAUUUAUUUUGCCUGUGCCAUUGCCUACCUUACAUUCUGGCUAGGUAAUGAGACUCUGGGUGAACUCUGCAGCAGAUCUGAAAAGGCAGAGAAAGAAAGGUGAAUUGUUUUGUGGAAUAGACACAUUCAAUCAGUCCCUUUCAUCACUGUUAUUCUGGGUCCCAGCUCAUGAUUUCUUUUACCCCUUUCUUCAUCAGGAGUCAGUUCUCUGGCCCUGCAUUCUUCCCUGCUUUUUGGUUUUGGUUUUGGUUUUGGUGUUUGUUUGUUUGUUUUUGUUUUUUGUGGGAGGGUGAGGUAGGGGUUCCCUGUCUCAGCAGCCUAGAGGGCUCAACAACUCUUGCCUUGGCUCCCACUCCUAGCUGAGUCUCAGCCUGGCAAUACUUUUCUGACACCCACUCCACUUCACUUUCCUCCAGGCAAAAAGCACACGUUUAAGCUUCAUUAUCUGGCUAAGUAUAAACCUCAGGGGGAGAAGCAUUUUAUUUUUGUUUGGCUCAGUCUGUCAGUUAAUGUUGAGCUAGCUGGCUUUCCAGAGUCCAGGCAAAUAGCGGUUUGGCUGGUCACCACCAAGAAUGUAAUUCCCUAAGCACUGAAACAGAGCUCUGUAUGUAAAGUAUUGAUCCCCUAGGAGAACUCUUCUCACUCCUCCUACACAGACACACUAGAGCAGGAACACUCCCCUUUGCACCAAAAGCAUUCAGCUAGCAGUCUGUCUAGCUGGCAUCAGUCCUGUAGCAAGAGGUACCACACACAUACACACAUUUAAGUUCCUGGGCAGGUCUGGAUCCUGCCUUGGGAAUUGGCAUGAGAUCAGUCUUAAUGGUCAGGUCACUGUCCUUAUGCAAUAUGUAGGCAAGGAAGGGCAAGUGAAAGAGAUCACUCAGACUGGUUUGGAUUAGGAGAGUUUCAGUAAGGCCACCACUAACCAGAGCUGGCCUGCCUGCUUGAGAAACAAACUCCUGUUCAGAAGGAGCUUCUCUUGCCGCCAGCCUGGCUGGAGAUAGACUAAUUCUGAAACAACUGACGCAGCUGGGAAUUGAGCUGUGCAGAGCCACUCACUGGGAAGGGAAGCGUCUGCCCCACCCUCCCCCACCAAGCGCCCUGGAUAUUCUGCCCACAUUCCUCUCUCCCGUGACGUGACGUCACCCCUAGUCCUGUCCUGGGGAGCCUGCAAAACCUCUCAAAUUCAAACUGCUAGACGCACUGCUGCUGCUGCCGCCACUGGACUGAAAGCGCGCGCCCAGGCUCCGCUGUGGCAAUCGCGGAAGCUACCCAGUCCACAAGACCUCCCUAUGCAACCACAUCCCCGGUUCCCUGCAGCGCAGCUCCUUUUUGCUCCAAUCCUCCUCUUCCUCUCUGGCUGUCAGCGGGUUUCUGCGCACCCGCCCCCCAUCAAAUUAAAUCAAGCAACAAAAAGCAGAGCAGCCCCCUGCAAGCGGCAUCUCCUUUUACUUUGCUCUCCCUCUCUUCACGAAGAUGCUAAACAACUGGUGGACUGAAGAGGAGGGGUGUCCUAUCUUGUGAUGUUUUAAAAAUAAAAGUAAAGCAAUUUCUGCUGCAAGCCCAAGACGGGCAAUCUGCCUGAUAUUUCUUCAAAAUACCCCAGGGGAAGAGGAGAUGGGCCGGAUUUAGUGGGACAACUGGAUUGAUUACUAAUGACUCUGUGGCUGGCUGUGACCAACCGGGAAAUCAGGUGCAAGCAUGUUUGCCUGUAGGUACCUGAGCUGACAUCGAAGGUGCCUAAAGAUGCUGAGCAGCAUUUGGUUCCUCAGUGUGUUAACGGUGGCUGGGAUCUUACAGAUAGAGAGCCGCAAAACUGCCAAAGACAUUUGCAAGAUCCGUUGCCUGUGCGAAGAGAAGGAAAAUGUACUGAAUAUUAACUGUGAAAACAAAGGAUUUACAACUGUCAGCUUGCUCCAACCUCCCCAGUAUCGAAUCUAUCAGCUGUUUCUCAACGGAAACCUCUUGACCAGACUGUAUCCAAACGAAUUUGUCAAUUACUCAAAUGCAGUGACUCUUCAUCUAGGUAACAAUGGGUUGCAGGAGAUCCGACCUGGGGCAUUUAGCGGUCUGAAGACUCUGAAGAGACUGCACCUCAAUAACAACAAACUGGAGAUAUUGAGAGAGGACACUUUUCUAGGCCUAGAGAGCCUGGAGUACCUGCAAGCUGAUUACAAUUACAUCAGCACCAUUGAGGCAGGGGCAUUUAGCAAACUGAAUAAGCUCAAAGUGCUCAUCUUGAAUGACAACCUUUUGCUGUCUCUGCCUAGUAAUGUGUUUCGGUUUGUCCUGCUAACUCACUUAGACCUGAGGGGAAACAGGUUGAAAGUAAUGCCUUUUGCUGGUGUCCUUGAACAUAUUGGAGGAAUCAUGGAAAUUCAGCUGGAAGAAAACCCAUGGAAUUGCACCUGUGACCUACUUCCUCUCAAGGCAUGGCUGGACACCAUUACUGUUUUUGUGGGGGAGAUUGUCUGUGAAACUCCUUUCAGGUUACAUGGGAAAGAUGUGACCCAACUGACCAGACAAGACCUCUGUCCCAGAAAAAGUGCAAGUGGUGAUUCUAGUCAGAGGAGCAGUCAUUCAGACACUCACGUCCAAAGGCUGUCCCCCACAGUGAAUCCUGCUCUUAAUCCAACCAAGGCCCCAAAAGCAAGCCGGCCACCCAAAAUGAGAAAUCGUCCAACUCCACGAGUGACUGUGUCAAAAGACCGGCAGAGCUUUGGCCCGAUCAUGGUGUACCAGACCAAGUCCCCUGUGGCCCUCACCUGUCCCAGCAGCUGUGUGUGUACCUCUCAGAGCUCAGACAAUGGUUUAAAUGUUAACUGCCAAGAAAGGAAGUUCACUAACAUCUCUGAUCUGCAGCCCAAACCUACUAGUCCAAAGAAACUCUACCUAACAGGCAACUAUCUCCAAACAAUAUAUAAGAAUGACCUCUUAGAAUACAGUUCACUGGAUUUAUUGCAUUUAGGAAACAACAGAAUUGCAGUCAUUCAGGAAGGUGCCUUUACAAACCUGACCAGUUUACGCAGACUUUAUCUAAAUGGCAAUUACCUUGAAGUGCUGUAUCCUUCUAUGUUUGAUGGACUGCAGAGCUUGCAGUAUCUCUAUUUAGAGUAUAAUGUCAUUAAGGAGAUUAAACCACUGACCUUUGAUGCUUUAAUUAACCUCCAGCUCCUGUUUCUGAAUAACAACCUGCUGCGGUCGUUACCUGAUAAUAUAUUUGGGGGCACAGCCCUCACCAGGCUGAAUCUGAGAAAUAAUCAUUUUUCACACCUGCCUGUGAAAGGGGUUCUGGAUCAGCUUCCUGCUUUUGUUCAGAUAGAUCUUCAAGAGAACCCAUGGGAUUGUACCUGUGACAUCAUGGGGCUAAAGGACUGGACUGAACAUGCCAAUUCUCCUGUCAUCAUCAAUGAGGUGACUUGUGAAUCUCCCGCUAAGCAUGCAGGGGAGAUACUGAAAUUCCUGGGAAGGGAGGCUAUUUGUCCAGAUAAUCCUAACUUGUCUGAUGGGACAAUUUUAUCAAUGAAUCACAACACAGACACACCUAGUUCACUUAGUGUGUCUCCUAGUUCUUACCCUGAACUACACACUGAAGUUCCACUUUCUGUCUUAAUUUUAGGAUUGCUUGUUGUUUUUAUCCUGUCUGUCUGUUUUGGGGCGGGGUUAUUCGUCUUUGUUCUGAAACGUCGAAAGGGAGUGCCAACUGUUCCCAGGAGUGCCAACAAUUUAGAUGUAAGUUCUUUCCAGUUACAAUAUGGGUCUUACAAUACCGAAACAAAUGAUAAAGCUGAUGGUCAUGUCUAUAAUUACAUCCCCCCACCUGUGGGUCAGAUGUGCCAAAACCCCAUCUACAUGCAAAAAGAAGGAGACCCAGUAGCCUAUUACAGAAACCUGCAGGACUUCAGCUAUAGCAACCUGGAGGAGAAAAAAGAAGAGCCAGCAACACUUGCUUACACAAUAAGUGCCACUGAGUUGCUAGAAAAGCAGGCCACACCAAGAGAGCCUGAGCUGCUGUAUCAGAAUAUUGCUGAGCGAGUUAAGGAACUCCCCAGUGCAGGCCUAGUCCACUAUAACUUUUGUACCUUACCUAAAAGGCAGUUUGCCCCUUCAUAUGAAUCUCGACGCCAAAACCAAGACAGAAUCAAUAAAACCGUUUUAUAUGGGACUCCCAGAAAAUGCUUUGUGGGGCAGUCAAAGCCAGACCACCCUUUACUGCAAGCUAAGCCACAAUCAGAACCAGACUACCUCGAAGUUCUGGAAAAACAAACUGCAAUCAGUCAGCUGUGAAGGGAAAUCAUUUACUACCCUAUAGCAUCAAAGGAUAUGCUCCAAACUGUUGGAAGCACUGCAUUUGCUUUUGUUGUGUCCUCCCUUCCCCAGAGCUAAUGGGAGACUGAAAGCGGUUGGGAAAAGGGGUGAAGCAAUGAUAUUCCUUUAAAUUAUUUUUCUCUUGAUCUCCCACCUCCACCCACACUUUUUAGGAACCAUCAGUGAACAUGAAUGUUUCUACAUUGCAUUUUUUCAUGUAUAUUAUUUAGGUUUUGUUUCUGUUUUCUUUCUUUUCUUUUUCCCAGUGUGAGAGUAGAAAGAAAUGGUAGUGAAUGAAGGAAUAGUAAGUAAAGUUUUCAAAUGAGAAUAUUUUGUAGAAGAUCUCCAAAGAUCUUUUGGGACUGCAACUUCUUUUGUAAAUAAUGAUCUAUGUUAUUGUCAUCUUCAGUUACCAAGUAUAGGCCUGGGCAUCACUACUUUGUGUUAAAGUGCCUUUGCACUUAAGUAUAUUACUUAAAUGUUGCUUUUAGCUUUGAAAAUUAAAAGUAUUUUAAUGUGUUGUACUUUUAAAAUCGAAAUCAAUGUAAAAUAGAUCUAUGUGUCAGCUAUAUUAAGCCAACGUACAGUUUGCUUGAGUUAUAGAAAACAGCCUGUCAUCAGAUGAUUCUAGCUUAGGACAUUAUAGACUUAAAUGUAAAAUAUUUCCUUUCUUUUGGGUUUGUUAUAAGUGAUUUUAUUUAAGUCAAGAAAGAGGAUUUAACAGUGGACUAGAGGUAAUAAGCCACCUCUGUCGGGAUUAGCAAUUCAUUAAUAAAAUAUAUUUAACCCAA